AUGGCGAGUUCAUUUCCGAUACAGAAAACGAACGGUUCGCUGAGCCAAGCUACAGCGAAAGCGUGGGAGGCGCUGCUCGAACAGCACUCUCAGGCCCUCGAGACAGCUAGCAGUGAGGGAACCGCCGCCUCUCAACAGCGCCAUCGAAGCAGAGGCCAAUUACUCGCGCGAGAACGCGUCAACCUGCUCCUCGACUCGGAUUCUCCGUUCCUCGAACUAUGCGCCUUGGCGGGCCAUGAUCUCGAGGAUUCAUCCCCAUGUGCGUCUUUGGUUGCUGGCAUUGGCACUGUCUCUGGUGGCGCAUGGAACGAGCUUACAGUGUUGAAGCAGAACAGAGUCACCCAGAUUGCCACGGAAAACGACCUUCCCAUGAUCGGACUUGUUCAGUCGGCCGGCGUUUUCCUUCCCCAGCAGUUCAAAGUGUUCCACAAAGGGGGACAAAUCUUUCGAGAUCUGGCCACCCGAAGCGCCCAAGGGAAGCCCAACUGCACCGUCGUCUUCGGAUCCUCGACUGCUGGCGGAGCAUAUCAUCCAGCCAUGUCUGACUACACCAUCUUUGUCGAGAACCAGGCGCAGGUCUUCCUUGGCGGCCCGCCGCUUGUUAAGAUGGCUACCGGUGAGAUUGUUGAUGCGGAGACUUUAGGAGGGGCGAAGAUGCAUGGCACAGUUACGGGUCUAGCAGAUCAGAUUGCGACCGAUGAGUUUGAUGCGAUACGAAAAGCCCGAGACUGGGUAAAAACUCUCAAGACGCCCUUGGUCAAAGAACUGAGUAGCACCGAGUCCCUUCCACCACGCUACUCACCCGCAGAGCUCUUGUCAAUUGUUGACCCUGAUAUCCGCAAAGCUCUUAAUAUGAGAGAAGUGAUCCUCAGAGUUGUUGAUGACUCUCGAUGGCUAGACUUUAAGCCAUCCUUUGGACAGAAUCUCAUUACAGCCUGGGCUAAUAUCUAUGGCAAGUUCCAUAUGAAGUCACCGAUGUUCCUGCACAACGUUACCGGCUUCAUGGUAGGUCAGAAGGCCGAAGAGUCUGCCAUCAUCAAGCACGGCGCCCAAAUGGUCUCUGCAGUAAGCUGUUCUACCGUGCCUCACAUCUCUAUCAUCAUCGGCGCUUCCUACGGGGCCGGUAACUACGCCAUGUGCGGAAGAGCAUAUCAGCCUCGUUUCCUGUUCUCGUGGCCGUCUGGUCGCUGUAGCGUUAUGGGACCAGAUCAACUUGUUGGAGUGAUGGAAUCUAUCGGCGGCGGCAAGAAUGGGACAAAUGGAAGCGUUGGAAAGGCGAGGAAGUCAAGCGAGGAGCUUCGUCAGGAUGUGCUCAGAGAUGGAAGCUGCUAUUGCACCAGUGCUGUGCUCCUUGACGAUGGCGUUAUCGACCCCCGGGAUACACGCGAUGUCCUGGGCGUGUGUUUGGAUAUCACGGCCUGUUCGGGUUCACAGGGAGCACAGAGUCAUCGGGGCCUGGCCAGAAUGUGA